GGCCGGUUGCGAGGGAGGCAGGACGCACGCUCCGCCUCCACACCAGAUUCACGUCCGCGACUUCGACUUGUUCGGUGACGAGUGUGUGAAGUGUUGUGAAGUGUCUCCACCGACCCCGCUUUACUGGAUUAUAACUGGAAUACUGUGCAGUGAUUGGAUUAUCGUGUUUGAAUCUUGUGCCACUCUCUUUGGAUAACGUUUGGUUUCGUCCUGGAUUUGAAACCAAACGCGCGUGCGUGUUGUGUGCUGUUGUGAUCAUGUGCUACGAGCGGUGAUAUGGCAAACGCCAAGACCACCAUGAUGUUGCUGUGGAUCUCCGCCGCGCUGCUGGCGUGCGCCGCGGCGCGCAGCGUCGUGCUGCCGUCGGACGCGCCGCGGGACUGUGAGUGGGUGCCGGGCGCCGAGGCCGCGGACGGCGCCGACGUGUCGCUGUCGGAGAGCGCCGCCGUCCUGGCGUGCAAGCUGCGCACCAUCGGGGGCACCGACGGCCUCCUGGCCAACCUCACGGCGCAGCAGGCCGAGCGAGUGACGGCGCUGCGCCUCGAGUGCAGCGACGUGCUCUUCUUCGAGAGCUCGCUCGAGGAGCCCCGCCACGCUGGCGGCGGCGGCGGCUUCCUGGGCCAGCUGCGCGCCCUGCGCCGGCUCUCCAUCGAACACUGCAAGAUCCGCUACGUCCCCGGCUCGGUGCUGGCGCCCCUGCGCGACCUGCGCCACCUCUCCAUCCGCACCCACAACACCGACUGGUCCGCCAUGGCCAUGGAGUUCAACUCCGAGUCCUUCCGGGGGCUCGCCGAGCUGCGCAGUCUCGACCUGGCCGACAACAACGUGUGGACGAUGCCGCCCGAGCUGUUCUGCCCGCUGUCGGGGCUCACGCACCUCAACCUGAGCCGCAACAAGCUCCAGAACGCCAUGGAGCUGGGCUUCUCCGACUGGGGCGAGGGCCCCGCCGCCCCGGGCAAGUCGUGCAACGCGGCGCUGGAGGAGCUGGACCUGUCCAGCAACGCACUCACCGCCCUGCCAGACAACGGCUUCACGAGCCUGCGCUCGCUCCAGAAGCUCUUCCUCCAGGACAACGCCAUCGCGGCGCUCGCGGACCGAGCCUUCGUCGGGCUCGUGGCGCUCCAGACCCUCAACGUGUCGAGUAACAGGCUAAGCGCGCUGCCCCCGGAACUGUUCCAAUCAUCGCGCGACCUGCGCGAGCUCCACCUGCACAACAACAGCAUCAGUGUGCUGGCACCCGGGCUUCUGGAGGGUCUCGACCAGCUGCAGGUCCUGGACCUGUCCGGCAACGAGCUCUCCAGCAGCUGCGUCAACCGUGACACCUUCUCGGGCCUCGUCCGCCUCGUCGUGCUCAACCUGGCCCACAACGUCAUCACGCGCGUGGACGCUCAGGUGUUCCAAGACCUGUACAGCCUGCAGAUCCUCAGCCUGGACCAUAACGGCAUCGAGGUGAUCGCGGAGGGCGCCUUCUCUGCUCUCAGCAACCUGCACGCCCUCACCCUCUCCCACAACAACCUGGUGCGCCUCGAGUCGUACCACUUCUCUGGGCUCUACGUGCUGCACCAGCUGUAUGUGGACCACAACCGCCUGCAGGCCGUGCACGCGCAGGCCUUCGAGAACUGCUCCAACAUGCAGGACCUGAGCAUGGCCGGCAACAACCUGACCGAGGUCCCCGCGGGCCUCACGCACCUGCACUUCCUCAAGACGCUGGACAUGGGCGAGAACCGCAUCACGACGCUGUCUAACGAGUCGUUCCACGGACUGGACCAGCUGUACGGCUUGCGCCUCAUAGACAACCGGGUGCGAACCGUGCCCAAGGACACCUUCUCCGCGCUACCCUCCCUGCAGAUCCUGAACCUGGCCGACAACCAGGUCGAGACGGUGGAGCGGGGGGCCUUCGGCACCAGCCCCACCUUGCACGCCAUCCGGUUGGACGGUAACCGCCUCACUGACAUAUCUGACAUGUUCCAUGACUUGCCCGGCCUCGUCUGGCUCAACGUGUCCGCCAAUGCCAUCGCCUGGUUCGACUACGCGCUGCUGCCCAACAGUCUCGAGUGGCUCGACAUGCACCAGAACCGCAUCGAGCGACUCAAGAACUACUUCGAGAAGGACGGCGAACUGCAGAUAAAGAUGCUGGACGCGAGCUACAACCUCAUCACUGAGAUCGGCGAGUCCAACGUGCCCAACAGCGUCGAGACACUGCUCCUCAACAACAACCACAUCCGGGAGGUGCGCCCCAACACGUUCGCGCGCAAGACGAACCUGAGCCGGGUCGUGCUGUACGCCAAUCGCAUCGAGAAGAUGGAGCUGGCCGCCCUCCACCUCGCGCCUGUGCCCGAGGACCGCGAACUGCCCCAGUUCUUCAUUGGCGGCAACCCCUUCUACUGCGACUGCACCAUGGAGUGGCUGCAGCGCAUCAACCAGCUGUCGCACCUGCGCCAGCACCCGCGCGUGCUCGACCUGGACUCGGUGACGUGCCGCCUCGCCCACUCGCGCGGCAGCCCCACGCGGCCCCUGCUCGACCUCGUGCCCGCCCAGUUCCUCUGCCCCUACGAGACGCACUGCUUCGCUCUGUGCCACUGCUGCGAGUUCGACGCGUGCGACUGCGAGAUGACGUGCCCGGACAACUGCACGUGCUACCACGACCACAGCUGGGCGAGCAACGUGGUGGACUGCAGCAACGCGGGCUACCAGCAGGUGCCGCAGGGCAUCCCCAUGGACGCCACCGAGAUCUACCUGGACGGCAACAACCUCACCGACCUGGGCAGCCACGUGUUCAUCGGCAAGAAGAAGCUGCAGGUGCUCUACCUCAACGGCAGCCGCAUCGACACGAUCCACAACCGCACGUUCAACGGCGCCACCUCGCUGCGGGUGCUGCACAUGGAGAACAACCACCUCCAGGAGCUGCGCGGCGAGGAGUUCGACCCGCUCAAGAACCUUAACGAGCUCUACCUGGACCACAACGCCAUCACCAAGGUGGGCAACAAGACGUUCGCGGCCAUGCGCGAGCUGGAGGUGCUGCGGCUGGACGACAACAAGAUCGAAGACUUCAAGCCCUGGCAGCAGCUGGCGGCCGCGUCGGAGGGCGGCCGGCUGGCGCAGGUGUCGCUCGACGGCAACCUCUGGACGUGCGACUGCGAGCACGUCCCCCAGAUCGAGGCCUGGCUGCGCGACAACACCAACGUGGCCGUCAGCAUGCGGUGCGCCGGCUCCACCGAGACCCUGCAGGAGGUGGUCGCGCGCUGCAGCAGCGACGCCAGCCAGAACGUGGUGGCGACCAGCGUGGUGCAGCGCGGCACCGUCUACACAGCCCCGCUGCUCAACCACGACUACGUCACAAUCGUGGCAGCUACCCUGGCCGGCGUGGUCGUCGUCCUGCUGGUGCUGGCGCUCGUCUUCAUCUUCCGCCACGACGUCCGCCUGUGGGCGUACGCUCGCUACGGCGUGCGCAUCCUCAGUGACCCGGCGGCCGAGGCGGGCGACGAGAAAGACCGCCUGUACGACGCGUACCUGGCCUACUCGGUGAAGGACGAGGACUUCGUGAGCCAGGUCGUGGCGGCCGAGCUGGAGCAGAGCGGCUACUCCCUGUGCCUGCACUACCGUGACAUCCACCUCAUGAGCGGCGGCGCCAGCUACCUGGCCGACGCCGUCCUGGGCGCGUCGGAUGCCUCCCGCCGCGUCGUCCUGGUGCUGUCGCUCAGCUUCCUGCAGAACGAGUGGGCGCGGCCCGAGUUCCGCGCCGCGCUGCAGGCCUCGCUGGAGCAGAAGCGCGCCGCCAUGCGUCGCCACAAGGUGAUCCUGCUGCUGACCACGGCGCUGGACGCCGUCACGCUGGACCCCGAGCUGCAGCUGCUGCUCCGCACCUGCACCGUCAUCUCGUGGGGCGAGAAGCGCUUCUGGGAGAAGCUGCGCUACGCCAUGCCGGACGUGGCGCUGCAGCAGCGCAAGAAGCGCGCCGCGGCCGCGCCAGUCACGGCCAAGCUGGCCGGCGGCGUGGAGGGCGGCCCCGCGCGCUACACGGCCGCGCCCACCUCGCUGGACGCGUGGUACAAGUACAGCGUGCCGCAGCACUUCAUGCAGCCCGGCGUGCACUCGGCCUGCGCGCUGCGGCACCACGAGGACGACCGCGCGUCCACGGCCAGCCCGCACCACCAGGACCAGGCGCAGCAGCAGCUGUACAACUACGCGACGGCGCCGUCCGAGCAGAGCCAGCACAGCUACGUGUCGAUAGACCGGCACAACCCCUACGGCCUGCACCACUCGUUCCGCCGGCAGCGGGACAGCCACGUGUACAGCACCAUCCCGGACACGUCGUGCCAGCCCGCUCUGUGCAGGCUGGCCAACGGCGAGUUUGCUGUGAUCCAGGCCGCCCCGGGCCAGUGCCCCGGCGGCGCGCCCGGCAGGACUUACUUUGUGUGAGACACCAGUCCGGUGAGACAGGGUUUGUGUGUGUGUGGCGAGUGAGUGCCACAGUAGUCACCUGAAAGUGCCGAAAAGUGAAGGCUAAAGUGACGGCAUUUUGAGUAUUCUGAUAAAAAUUCUCAGUAUUUAUUGCUUUCUAGCUCUGUUAAUAUCUUAUUUGGCAUUCCAAGCUUUAGUUAUGCAUUUCAGUGACAUUGACGACUGAAUUCGUUCAAGUACCUUAUUUAUGCUUAUGUUUAGUAAAUUAUCUGAUGAAACUUUCACCCAUAAAUUUUUAUGUAUUGUUUUUAAUUAUGGCCAAAUUUUCAAACCAGUGAGUGUGAAGUUGUUAGUACAUGUUUUAAGUUUGAUUUCACCAAUGUUUUGUUUUCAUUUUUGUUCUUCGGGGCUUAGGUUUUAGUGAGUCUGUCAUGUUGUUAUUUAUGUCUGCAAGAUAAUGCUCUCUUUAUAUGUAAUCAUAAUCGAUGGCUGUGCAAAAAUGUAGCAAAAUGGUCAUGUUGUCACCAUUUCUUAGGCGAGUGUACUUUUCUGUCUUGUUGAUCGACGGGCCCCCACUGCGCCCUCCCCUACUCUCUACCUCAUCAUAGACUGACCAGAGGGUCUUUAUCGUGGCCGCGAUGACCCAACCAAUGAAUGAGCAGCAGAACUGCAUCGAGCGAAUAGGAGUUUACGCCUUAUUAUGUGUGAGCAUGUUUAUACUUUAUUACUCAGCUGGUCGAUAUAUCAUAGCCUGAGCCACAAUGGCUAUCACUGCGCAGCCGCACAAUGGACUGACUGGGUGGCGAUUCGACGUGCUUGUCGAGGUGCUCGCACAAAGCGCGUCUCACCUUUGGCCGCCUGCUGCUGCCUCCCUGCCCGCUCUGCCCGCUCUGCUGGCCUCGUCUUUACUGUAGAUUUUUUUUUACUGGGGCCGCGCUUUUGUUUUGUGAUUAACGGAAGCUGCCAUGUUAUGGAAUAAAGAGCUUCAUUGACAGGCGCGAAGUCUCGUCGAUCGUCGCGAGAAGCACCGGGGCCUGACUCAUGACUCAUGUGUACUCUGUAAUAGGACCACAAUGUAAUCAUCGCACAUAUGUAAUGAUUGCCGAUUUGUACUUAAUUUCGCCCAUUUAAAAACAGCUAAUGUAUCCACAGAAAAUUGUGACAUUUUAAGGAACCAAAAUAUAUUAAUUAUUGUGAUUAUUCUGCUCAUGUAAAAAUUACAUAAAUGUAUCAUGACAUAUUCAUGUAAGCACUGUCGAGUCGUUGUUUUGGUGUCACCUCCCACGUUAUUACUAUAGCUUGUCAUGAGGUCUCCGAAAUAGAUGUGGUACCUAUAUAGUUAUGUUCAAAUUAUGUAAGAUAAGAAUGUAUUAUUUGUGCAUAUAAGUAAUAUUGUUUUGUAAAUUAUGAAUUGACUGUAUGUUUUGUUAAUACUGCACAUUUACUUAUAAUUUAUUUAUGUUCGCUUGCCUAUCAAGCAGAAAUGUGAUACUUAGGGUCAAAGAAUGGAGGUACAACUGUGAUCAAAUGUACAGAGGGCCUCUAAUUGGCCAACAAAACUUCCAAGUGUGAUAAAAAGACCCUGUAAUAAUUGUGGCUCAACCAACUUUUGCACAUUGUUUUGUUGUGAUUACUAUGGAUAUGUAUUUCAGAAUUCUUUAAUUAGCCUUUUAUAAUAUCUAAAGCGUAAUUUGUGUGUGAUUCAGAAUCAAAGGUACUUACAAAUUCAAAUUAUUUUUGAUUCUGAAUCACAAAUUGUUUGUGACGAAAACGCUGUCUCUCUGAAUACUAUUUCCAGUGUAAUACGUUUUAAAGUGAAGUCAGCACAAAGGGAGCUGAUCACCACAAUCAUAUACUGGUCACUUAUUUAUAUAGAAAUGUCUUCAAUUUUCUAUGAUGCUAUGUACAUUGAUUUUAUUUCCUGAAAGUCUGAUACUAGAUCAUAAAUUGUUAUGUAUUACUGUACAUAUGCCUUUUGUUUCUGUGUAUAAAAGUGUACAUAUUAACAUUUUAUAAAUAAAUAUUAUAUGCGUUACAUUAUUUAA